AUAAACACCGCGCGCGGACCGCAAACUGGACACACACACACACACAGUGAUAUAACUCUAUAACUCUAUGUAUAUACACUGUGUGUGUGUGUCUUCUGGAGUUAAUCCGCUAUAUGACGUCAUCACUGUAACGUUCGCUCCCCGUGUCUUUCUGUAGAAGGUGUGUGUGUGUGUGUGUGUGUGUGUGUUUGAGUAAUGUGCGCGCGGGCUAUGCAGUAGUAAUGCCCGACCCUGCGCUCGCGCUCGAGUUCAGACGGAGUGUAAACAGCUGCAGUUCCGGCUCUGAGCGCGUGAGGGCGCGUGAGUGAGGAAGCGAGCACCAACAGCGCGUCACUGAGGGCUGGUACAACAGCGCCCCCUAACGGCACUCACAAUAUAAGACUAAUACAGGGCACUGGUGGCUCAGUGGUAGGAGUUUUACAGCCCAUGCAGGAGGCUCGGGAUCCCAAACCCCACUGAACAUGUUUGUAUUUAAGAGUUUGUAACUUGAAUGUUUGUAUGUAGGGGACAGACUGUAUCACUCACGAGUAACUCUGUACUGUUCAAGACAAUGUGUCUACAACAGGGUGAGUAAAAAUUAACUAGGCAAUAUUUAUUAGGUAUAAAACUUGAAGCAUGAUGAAAAAAGUCUCUAAGUAGACGAUAGAACCUGUGCAUGUUAUUAGACCAGCAUUUUCCAGGACAUUUGCAGGGACGACACAGACCUCAUUAAUGAGCUCCAAGAAGUCAAGACCCCACUCCAUGUGAUGUUCUCCUGUGGGUCGACGCAAAGGAGGAGGUGUACAGGACAAACACGCGCCCGCUGGAGAACUUUGACAAACAGAUUCAGGAGGUUCUCAGUAAUACCCCAAAACACUUCAGAAGACCACCAUCUGUUCCGUUCCGGACCGUUCCACCAUCUGUUCAAAGAAACUGGAUGACCCCACCAUUGCCUAUGCUGAAAUUUAAAGAUUUGCUUUCAUUUUCCUGUGUAAUAAAGUACACAAACAAUUUGUUUAUAUUAGAAACAAGUUUAUAUUAGAAAUAUAGACUGCAUUAGCAAUUUUUAAUGCCUAGUUACUUUUCACCCACCUUGUAAUCUGUAACUUCUGCCCAGUGUGUUGUUUUAACCAUCAAUCAUAAUACACGACUUAUAAUAUAUAAAUAUAAACACUCCGGGUAUUCUGCAUCUAGAUUCAACUAACUAACUAAAACUAUUUUGCAAAUUCCAGAUAAACACGUUUCAGCCAUAAAGCUCAGACGGCAGAUUCUCAACAAUAAAUUUAAUCACUAAAAUUACUUCCUGAGUUUGUGUUAAAAAAAAAAAACUUUAUGCAACUUGACAUCGAUGAUGUGACAGAGAGAGAUUAUCGUAAAGCUCUGCUGUAACACAGGUGAGGAGAAGGUGUUACUCAUGUCUCAGAUGUUCCUUAACAUUAAACCUAACCGUCUGAAGUGUUGAGAUGUGUGAGGUUGUGAUCAGUAGUGUGUGAGGCUAAAACACACACCAUAUGUAUCCUGCUUAAACCUCCAGCAUCCUCUGUGUUACACCCCACGGAGUGUCCCUGCUGUUCUGUGCAUUGUGUGAGCGUGGUGUGUUUCCGUGUGUGUUGUGUGCCUGUAUUUGGGGUGCGUUCAUUGUUUUUGUGUAUUUAUUGUGCAUUUGGUGUGUGUGUGUGUCUCUGUGUAGCUCACACUCAGUGAUGGCAGGGGAGUUCACAAUGAACCGUAUGAUUGAUGUGUUAACUGCAGACGAGUGUAAAACACUGAUGUAUCUGACUUCUAACCUCCGUUCUGGAACACAAAUGGAGGACGCACGAUCAGCGCUCAUGGACACGGCAACAUGCGGUGGUCAAUCACAGCCUGCUGAUGUCAUCAUAAUGGAGAUGCUGUUUCACCUGAAGCGCUUUGACAUUCUUAAACAGAUAUUCGGAAAAAACAGACAGCAGGUGGAGGAAGAACUGGGAAGGGGCGGAGUCAUCUCACCUUACAGGGUCCUAAUGAUGGAUCUAAGUGAGAGUCUGGAGACAGACGAGUUACAGUCAAUCAUUUUCCUGCUGCAAAACAAAAUAAAGAAAACCAAAACAAAGCAGAUAACUAGUUUUCUGGAUGUGGUGUGUGUGUUGGAGCAGAUAGGAGAGGUGUCAAAUGUGAAGUUGGAGUUGAUUGAAGAGUGUGUGAGGAACAUCAGAAGAAAUGAUCUAAUCAAAAGAAUUCAGUCAUACAGAGCAGUGUGUGAGACACUGAAGCUCUCUGUGUGUGAGACUGGAGCUCAACACGUUCAGGUUCCUGUAGAUGAAUAUAAUAUGAACUAUGAUCACCGGGGUGUGUGUGUGAUUAUAGACUGCACCGGCAACGACGGAGAGAUGCUGACACACACCUUCACUCAGCUCGGCUUCCGCGUGUUUCUCUACGCACAGACAGAAGUGUGUGAAGCGUGUGAAGUGCGUUCAAUAAUGAAGACCAUCAACCAGAGCUCGGUCCUCCAGAGAGCCGCCGUGUUCACCUGCUGCCUGCUGAACACACACACACCUGCCUCACACACACACCCACUAAACACACACAUUAAAUUGAUGGAGGUGUGUGCUGAGUGUGAGAUGCUGAAAGAGAAACCAAAGUUAUUCUUCUGUCAUACAAUCGGAUCAGACCAGAACCUUCAGACUGACGCACUGCCCUGCACCACACACACGUCACACACACACGUUCCCCACACACAUCCCAUCCAUAACACUGAGGAUGUGCUGUGGAGUGUGUGUGAGACAGGGGUGGAGCUUCUAGAUGGAAAUGAACACAGCUCUGUGUACCUGCGGGCAGUAAGCUCCGCCCUCCUGCAAGGGCACAUCAGGAGGCUUCAUGUGCUCGAUGUUCUCAAUGAAGUUAACUGGGAGAUUCUGGAACACAACCGGAGAAAUCCAGAUAACAUACAUCACCUUACAUUUGCAGAAACACUACGCAAAAGGUUGUACCUAUAACACACACACACACACACACACACUGGAGAAUGUAAUGAUCUCCUGGUCAUAUAAAACACUGCCAUUAACAUUGUAUUAUUUUUUAAAUAAAACCUUAUUUAUUCUUAUUUAUAGAUAUUAAAUAUUAGCAUAUUUAUAUAAACAUGCAUUUUUUUAGUUAAGUGAUUCAUGGUCGUGCUCAGAAGUGAAGGUCAGUGAUGGAGCUCAAAGAUGUCACUCAGGAAUUUAGAGCAGUGAUGGAGCUACUGUACAAUGACUAAGCUCAGAGCUGUGGAGUAGAUCGGAGAUGAAGCAUGAUGUGUAGCUCAGAUACGAGAGUCUGUGUUGCUCUACAGAUGAAGAAUUCCUUUUAUUAAACCAUUAGACUGUUUAAUGUGAAGUUCAGUGUGACACAUUUUUGUGCAGUUUAUCUUUAGCAGCAAAAUUAUAAUAACCAGCUGUUAUGAAGAAGAAGUGUGUCUGAGCUAAGUUUUAAGCUAAGAGAAGAAGAGUUAUUUCUUGUUGUGUCCACCACACCUUUAUACACUUACUGGUCUGGGCCCGAUUGAUUGGGAGACACACACACACACACACACGCAGGCAUGACGUCUGAAGAUUUCUGUUUAUUCUCGGCAAAGAGAGCACAUUUAAAGUGGUGCUGCAUCACGCACAUCAAAAGAACCAGUCAUUAACAUGUCAGUCAUAGAGGGACCCGGAGACAGACAGGAGAGAGGAGAUACAUUUACGUUCUCCUGAUUAAACUAAAGGGUUCUAGAGGACGCGAGCCGUCUGGACGUAUCCUCGUCUGGGUACAGGAUAUACAGUAGAAGGUGUUACUACAGAAGGCAUGAGGAAGCACAGUGAGGGGUCUGUUCACAAAGCACAGGAAUCUUCUUAUUAGAUUAGUCUUACAAUAUUAUAAAACCUUAUACCAGGCAAUAGGAAAGCAAACUCAUUAUUUAUUAUGUAUUAAAUAUAGAUCACAUGACAUUGUUUAUUUGCUUUAUUGUGAUAAACAUUGUAGAUUGUAAAAACUUGCUAAUAAAACACUUUACUCCACUUUCCUUUUCUGUAACUUCCUGCAGCAUCUUAAACACAACAUGAACCAUUUUAUCAUCACUGUGACAACAAUCACUAUGACAACCAGCAGAAAGCCAAGCACAUCAAGGCUGUGAUACUGGAACCAGUUAAGGUUAAGAGCUGCUAAGCGUAGAUGCUCCGCCCCUUUAUGCCUCAUUACAUAUUCUGUCCAGUAAACUGCGAGAUCCAGCGGCUUUACUGGUUGAUCGUUGUGAAGAGCAGAUAGUUUCAUCAUCCUCUCUUUAUAACUGCAGGAGAGAGACACCAUCAUCAAACAUCGCAUCAGAUCUGAUCAAAAAAGUUGAUAUGAUUAUUGAUAUGACUAUUAAAAUCAUUUGUAACGACCAUGA